CCCCACCCCUGCCGCACAGCGCUUGGCUUUCUAGCCGCGCCGCGGAGAAAGCCUAGAAGCUCACAGCGCGCCUUGCAGCCCGGGUGCAGUCCAGCGACGCGGGACGCCUGGCGACCCGGGAGGAGUAGGUUCAAAUCUGAGGAAGACAUAACCUUUUGUGAGCCCAGUUUCCUGUGGUCCUGUUAGUCUCUGAGACACUGCUCACCUGAGGGUCCCCAGGGUUCCAGCUGAGUGGACCAAGUGUGCGGUUUCAGCAGGAGCUUGAAGAGGGGGCGUCAGAGCACCAGAGCAAGAGCCCUCUGGGGCCUCGGGCAGGAUAUUGAAGCUGGCACCGUCACGGACUAUGAGUGAAUUUUGGCACAAACUGGGAUGCUGUGUGGUCGAGAAACCCCAACCACAGAAGAAGAGAAGGCGGAUUGACCGGACCAUGAUUGGGGAACCAAUGAAUUUUGUCCAUCUGACCCAUAUUGGCUCUGGGGAGAUGGCGGCUGGAGACGGACUUGCUAUGACAGGUGCAGUUCAGGAACAGAUGAGGUCCAAGGGAAACCGUGACAGGCCUUGGAGUAAUUCUAGGGGCUUAUAGCUCCCAUAGAAAUAAAUGGUUCUGCCAUCUUGAAGUUCCAGCUCUGUCCAGCCCAGAAGAAAUGCUGCCCUUGCCUGAUCCCUGCUAGGACUUGUAGAAUCCAAGGGUCCCUCUUUUCCCCUCCGCCUAACAGUGCCUCUGAGGUGUGGGGGCUGGACUCCUUCUCCUCUCUCUGGCUGUCACCCCUCCUGGAGAUGGGUCAAGGCAGCAGGAUUGACCAAGUGGCCGCUGGCUGGCCAGAGGAGCUCAGCAGACACUGUGGACACCCAAGAUCUGAGAGAGGAGUUCUUUGGGAAUCAGGGAUGAGUUUCCUUCUCCUAAAUGAUGGUCUGGGUGCUGACUGUUUUUCAACCCUUAGCCUGGAACUCCUUAAAAGGGGUAGAGUAGGUAGGUGAGAAUGCCAAAGCUGGCUUUUCUGAGAAGCUCUCUACCUCCUUGCCUUUCCCUUUCCUCCUGUGAUGACCCAAAGCAGACAUCAAGCAGGGGCUUGGAGGGUAACACUGCCCAGUCCACUCUCUUCAGACUGCAGACCUUCAACUCAUAUCCCCUCAUUCACUCUCUGCUGACACCAGGGUCUUUCUCUAAUCCUGUUUCUGUAGCAUUACUAGCUUCGCAGUAGCAGUCCUUUUUUCUUUUAACUAAAAUUUUAAUUUAAGAUGAUUAAUUACCCCACCCAGCUUUUCCAUCUUUUAACUCUGUCCCUAUUACUGUUUCCCAUUGAGCAAGAGUUGUGGUGGAUCUUAAUUGUCAACAUUCCAUUUAAGUCUUGGGGGAUCUGGCCCAAUCUCUGCCAACCUCCCUGCUGGCCCAGGUGAGAGAUGUAAGAGGGGUCUGAAGAGAAAGCCAGAGAGCAAAAAGAGGAGUUACAUCAAGGUGCACUUCCUGACCAUGGUGAGGUAAAUAGGUUGAAAACUACCAUCUGGGUGUGUAAGACCCUUAAAGCACAGGAGUGAGGAGAGGCAGAGCAAGGCAUCUCAAUAAGACAUGUUUGCCCUUGUGGGCUGGACAGUUCUGUAUACCAGAGGGCUGUUUUGUGAUUAGAUGUUUAGCAGCAUCUCUGGCCCAUUCUAGUUUUGGCAACCAAAAAUACUUUCAGAAACUGCCAAAUGUUUCCUAGGGGCAAAAUUACCCAAGGCUGAGAAAUCCCAGCUCUGAAGUCAAGGCACUUUUGGAUGGACUAGGACUGUUGUAAGCUCAGGAAAACAUAUAAUCUGUAUUCCGUGUGUUCUUUUGCCGUGUGGCUUCAAGUCUCCACGGUGGACAUGUACUACACUUCUUCCUUGCAGUGUGGAGACAGGAACAGGCUGUACUGGGGUUGGAGAAAGGGCAAGUAAAAGCAGCAGAGAUGCACGCCCUUGUUCCCCUCCCCAAGCGCUCAGCUCUGUUCCUCUGUUCCCCAGCCGCAGAACCAGACACAAAUAAGACUCAGGGAGUUUUGUCUGAAGAUCAGGACCCACCCCCAGCUAGCUGCAGUGUGCUCUGGAUGGGAAAGCAAUGGAGGACCAGGGUCUUUAGGCACUUUGUUUUCUCAGGUGUUCUUUGUUCUGGCCCUUUCUUUUCAGGGUGAUUAGGAAGGCAGAACAAAGACAGAUGAGCCCCUGCCCGCUCUGCGGCAGAAAUGCUGGGGUCUCGGCCCUGGCAGAGUCAGAACCGUGGAGUUGGAUCCACUCUGCUUAUUCCAUCCAGCUAUCUGUUUUGCUCCCAUCUCUAGUAAUGAAGUUUUUCAAAUGUCAUUGCACAGUUUUCAGGGUCUGCAUUCCCAAUUACUCUCAGUUCGGUCAAGUUAGUUGCUCUAAUGAAAAUGGCCCACCUUGUUGCCCUAGGAGUUAGCAGCUGAGGGUAGACUGGGGAUGCAAAAGGGGACGGGGUAAGGCAGAAAGGUGGAACUCCUCUCUCCAGCCUCACCUAAUAUCUAUUCUUUGGUGCUCUCUUGCCUCGAGCCACCUUCUCUAACAUACAUGGGGUUGAGAGUCAUAAUUUAUAUUAAGAAUUUGUUGGACUUUUAAAUAAUUUUUCAAAUAAAAAAUGUAAGCAAA